AUGCAAGACAUCGAAACCGCCUCCACGGACAAAGCCGAGGCGAUGGCGCUCGAGAGCGUCUCCAUCCCAGACAAGGUGCGUCCGCCCGAGUUGCCCCAAAUUCCCUUCCGGACGCAGCUCAAGAUCGAUGCGCGGUUGAUUCUGGCCGUUGGCGUCGUCUACAGUCUGUCCGUCAUUGAUCGGAUCAAUAUUGGCCAGGCGAAAGUAGUUGGGAUGAGUGAGGAACUUGAAUUGACGGGCAUUGAAGGAGCCUCGACAGUGGCCAUCGGGCUGCUCAUCCGCUUCGUCAUUGACGAGUUCCCCGACCAGGCCAAGUUCUUGACGCCGGAGGAGCGACAGCUGGUGAUCGACCGCAUCCGGGCCGAUCGAGGCGACGCCACGACCGAGAAGCUGUCCUGGGAAAACCUGAAAUAUCUAAAAGACUGGACCCUAUGCAACGUGGAUGUAUUUCUGCAAUGUCGUCGCCGUGACGCAGGGUACACCGGUCUGAUGGCCAAUCUCUACUCGGCUCCCCCGUACAUCGUCGGCCUGGGCUUUCUGAUCAUCGGCGGCGCUAUAGGAGACUAUUUCCACUUUCGCCUGCCGAUCAUUGUUGUGCAGACGUGCCUGGGGAUUCUGGGCCUUGCUCUAAUGAGCCAGCCCCCCCUCUCUGUUCAGGCCCGCUACGCAGGCAUCUUCCUGGCCAUCGCGUCCUGCCAGGCCAACAACGCGGCGAUCCUCAUCUUCGGGCAGAAUAACGUCGUCGGAUCCGCGAAGAUGAACAUCGCGUCGAUGCUCAACAUCAGCAGCGGGACCAUCUCGGGCAUCGUGGCCAGCACCAUCUACACCAGCGCAGCGCCCCGCGGUAUCUGCCCGGGUUGGCAACCACCAUGGCCCUGA